AUGGAAAUGCUAUGGUUUAUUAUAUAUGCAGUAACGUUUGGAGCCGUUUACUCAGAGCGGGAACCUGCGUGUUCAAGGUUUCACUAUGAGGAAAAGCUCUUAGAAAAGAUGGUAAGAUCGGAGUUCAAAAUGGAUGCAAUUGACGAGAACUUCAAAACGGUUACUGAUUCAAUCGAGAAAAGGUUCCAGACAAUUUCAGACAUAGCUGGCAAGUUGGAAGACCUAAAGAAAGAAAUAGAAACAUUAAAAACAGUUGACGUUGAAACGUUAAAGACAGUUGAAAUAAUAAGAACAGCAGAUGUCGCAGGCAGCAGUAUCUACACAAGAUGGGGCCGACGAUCGUGUCCUGGUGAUACAGAAUUGGUGUACGAGGGGUUUGCAGGGGGUGGCUAUUAUUCAAAUAAAGGAGCAAGCAAUAAUUACAUAUGCCUUCCCAAAGAUCCAGUCUUCGACGUUGAUGGGCGAAAUGCGGGGACUGUAAAUCUCAUCUACGGUGCUGAGUAUGAGACUAGUCACUCUAACUUGCAAGAACACGAUGUUCCAUGUGCUGUUUGUCGGGUUGUUGGAAAAAGCAUUGUCAUGAUCCCAGCGAGGAAAGUAUGCUACAGCGGAUGGCAUACGGAAUACUCUGGUUAUUUGAUGUCAUCUUAUGAAGGACAUACUGGGAACAAGGAUGUAGUUUGUAUGGAUGGAUCUCCUGAGGCAGCUGAAGGAACAAACAGUGGUAGUCAAGAUGGCGCAUUGUUUUAUUUUGUUCAGAUUGGGUGUGGGGCGUUAAAAUGUCCUCCUUAUCGUACAGACGUGGAUUUAACGUGUGUUGUUUGUUCAAAGUAGGCUCCAUAUUAUGUAACACGAUAAACGGAUGCAGGA